ACGGCAGCAUUAGGCUGAACCAUAAGAGUUUCUAAACCUUGCAGUAUACGUGCACAAAGUUCACAAGUGGUGAGUGUCGUGAUGGAGCCACAACAGGUCAAAGAGGGAUACUUGGUGAAAAGGGGCACGGUGCUGUGCUCCUGGAAGGCUGUGUGGGUGGUACUGUCUGACGAUGCGGUAGAAUUCUACAAGAGGAAGACAGACAGCUCGCCCAAGGCUAUGAUCCCCCUGAAGGGAUCUACACUCACCAGCCCCUGCCAGGACUUUGGGAAGAGAACUAUGGUGUUCAAGAUCAGCACAGAGAAGAAGCAGGACCACUUCUUCCAGGCUUCCCACAGCGGGGAGCGCGAGGCCUGGGUGAAGGACAUCAGGAGGGCCAUCAGCUGCCUGCAGGCUGGGAAGAGGUUCGCCCGCAAGUCCACCCGACGCUCCAUCCGUCUUCCCGAAACGGUCAACUUGAAUGAGCUGUACAUGUUAAUAAGGGACCAGGACAACGGAGUGAAGGAGUUGAAGCUGGAGAUUGAGAACAAAACCUACAACCACUGCUUCACCGGUGUGACGGUGGUGGAUUGGUUGAUCUCAAAGGAGAAAGCGAGGAACCGAGCCGAGAGCGUGAUGCUGGCGACGGGGCUGAUGAACGAGGGAUACCUCCAGCCCGCCGGAGACCUGUCCAAGACCGGGGAGUCCGGAGGCACCGAGUCUGUCUUCCUGGACGAAUCUGAUGCCCUUUACUUCUUUGCAGACAGCGGCUUCUUCUGUGAAGGAUACUCCAGUGAUGAAGAUGAUAUUGUGAAGGAGGAAUUCAGAGGAAACAUAAUAAAACAGGGAUGCCUGCUCAAACAGGGACAUCGACGGAAAAACUGGAAGGUGAGAAAGUUCACGCUGAGAGAUGACCCUGCCUACAUCCACUACCACGACCCUGCCAAGGGGGACGAGGAGCCCCUCGGGGCAAUUCACCUCCGCGGCAGUGUUGUGACGGCGGUGGAGUUUGUGCCUGACGCCAAGCGCUACGACGUGGAAGGAAACCUCUUCGAGAUCAUCACCUCGGACGAGACGCACUACUUUCUGCAGGCUGCGACGGCGGAUGAGAAGAAAGAGUGGAUCCAAGCCAUCCAGGCUGUGUCAAAGAGUGGAAAAUAACACUCACAAAAUGAACACGAUGUGACUUAUGAUGAAAAGAAUGGGUGUGAAAAAACAUUUAUUAAAUUAAAGUUUAUUUAAUUUAAUUUAAAUGAGCGAUUAGUAUCAUCUCACCUGGCUGUUGUAGUUUAUGUGAUAGGCCUAUUACUCAAAAAAAUAAAGAUGUUUGAAAAUCACUAGGAAACAGUUAGGCCUAGGCCUACAUAACAAAAUUAAGUGUGAAAAAUCACACUUCAACACCACAACCCACCCGUUUUCCAAAGCGACCUACAGUACUUAAUGGUGCCAAGUCCAAUGAUGGCUUAUUUUCUUCAUAAAAAUUAAAUAAACUUCCUGCCGCUCAUGGACCCCUGGGCAUAGGUUAUAACAAUACAAAACAGAUGUGAAAAUGAUUCGGUUUCCCUAUUUGUCAAUACCUCAAAUGUAACUCACCGUUUGAACACUAGGGGGUGGUAUAAAACAAUGUAUGCAGGUACAGUAGGCCUACCUUCCGCCUCUAUGGUUGCGUGUGACACGUAACAUCUGGUACUUUUUAACCCUGGACUAUAAAGUACACAUAUUUCCCUCUGGACGGCUGAAGCACAAAAGGAUCUAGGUCCCUGACCCCACCUCAACUGGAAUCUACACAACAGUGACAAUGGGUGCUAUGUGUCAGGCUUCAGGAUUUAGGAGAUUGUAUUAACCUAAGGGGUUUAUAUAUAUUCAAGAAAUAAAUCAAGUGUGUGUGUGUGUG